UUCCUACUAGUUCCUUUUGGAUCUAACGUUUCUCCGAAAUUUCCAACCUUUCUUUCUUUGUUUUCUACUUAUGGUCAUUUUCUAAUUAAGAAAGCUCUCUUCUUGAUCAAGAUUCAUAUCUCAAAGAUUCCAUCUUUAUUACAAACACCAAAGGUUGAACCUUUAUGACCUCCAAAUAAAACGUAGCCUCAACCAGCCAAAACUGAACCAAACCCAUUUCAGAAAACAAGGAUUUCCAUGUACCCAGUUUCUGAAAUCCAUGGAAUUUGGUUUCUGAAUGCUGCAAUUGUCAGACAAAUACUAGAAAGGGCAAAGAGUGAGUUGAAAUGAAUGCUGCAGAGGUAUGAGAGACAGCAGAAGGUGUCAUUUUCCAGAGUCCAUCUUGUUCCUGCCUGCGCCCAUUUAUGGAGUCUCCUGUGAGAUCUUUUUCGCCUGUGUUGGUCUUCCUCCUCCUCUUCUUCGUCGGCGCGUUUGUCUGCACGCGCCUCCUUAACUCCACCUUCCCAUGGGAAACGAACGGAACAUCCCAAUUAUACCCUCAGCAAACCCAUGUUCUUCCCAAAACGCCCGCAAAGAGACUCGAAAUCCCACUCAACUGCACUGAGUACCACCUCACCCGAACCUGUUCCUCAAACUACCCCACCACCUCUUCUCCAGACCAAGAUCCUGACCGUCCAUCUCCACCCACGUGUCCGGAGUACUUCCGCUGGAUACACGAGGACCUGAGGCCGUGGGCCCACAGGGGGAUCACAAGGGACACGUUGCAGGAGGCGAAUCGUACGGCCGAUUUUAAGCUGGUGAUUGUAAACGGCAAGGCGUACGUGGAGAGAUACAGCAAGGCGUUUCAGAGCAGAGACACUUUUACGCUGUGGGGGAUCCUACAGUUGCUGCGUAGGUACCCAGGGAAAGUGCCUGACUUGGAGCUCAUGUUCGACUGCGUUGACUGGCCGGUGAUUCCGUCAAAGAACUUUAGCGAGCCCAAUUCUACAGCCCCGCCACCAUUGUUUCGUUACUGUGGGGAUAACAGCACACUCGAUAUAGUCUUCCCUGAUUGGUCCUUUUGGGGAUGGCCUGAAACUAAUAUAGCUCCAUGGGAGAACUUGUUGAAGCAGCUAGAGGAAGGUAACAAGAGGAGCAGAUGGGUAGACAGACAGCCUUAUGCUUAUUGGAAGGGGAAUCCGGAGGUCGCAGAAACAAGGCAAGACCUCCUAAAGUGUAAUGUUUCCGAGGAACAGGAUUGGCAUGCUCGCGUUUAUGCUCAGAAUUGGACUCGAGAAGAAAAGGAAGGGUUCAAGAAAUCGGAUUUGGCAAGCCAAUGCAUUCAUAGGUAUAAGAUCUAUAUAGAAGGAUCUGCGUGGUCUGUGAGUGACAAGUACAUUCUUGCCUGUGAUUCUGUUACCUUAAUAGUAAAGCCCCGAUACUACGACUUCUUCACGAGAGGUUUGAUGCCGGUGCACCACUACUGGCCCAUCAAGGAUGAUGACAAGUGCAGGUCUAUUAAGUAUGCUGUAGAUUGGGGAAACAGCCACAAGCAAAAGGCACAAGCCAUUGGAAAGGCAGCAAGUAACCUAAUUCAAGAGGAUUUGAAGAUGGACUAUGUGUAUGACUACAUGUUUCAUCUUUUAAGCGAAUAUGCAAAGCUCUUGCAAUUCAAGCCCACUAUACCUCAAGAAGCUAUCGAACUCUGCUCGGAGGCAAUGGCAUGCCAAGCGCAAGGACUAGAGAAGCAAUUUAUGAUGGAAUCCAUGGUGAAGUGUUCUGCAAUCACUAGCCCAUGUACCAUGCCUCCUCCAUAUGACCCUCAAUCUCUCUUUUCAGUACUUAGGAGACAAUCAAAUAUAAUUAAACGGGUAGAAACAUUGGAGAAGAGUUACUGGAAAAAUCAAAAUAAGCAAUAAUAGAAAGUUUUCUAUAUUUCUAGACAACUAUGUAUACAUAUGAGUUAUUUUGAGUUGUAAUUUCCACUAGACAAUGAAAAAAAUUUAGUUAUUAAGGGAAUGAAAUGUAAAAGGUAGACCUUUUGGCGAACUUAGGAUUUGUAAUUAACUUCAAUUACGGGACUUAAUUACUUCCAAA